ACAAGGAAUUUAACCUCUUUGGAACGAAUCUGUCAUCAUCUGUCAUUACGUUACUUCGUCUUUAGAGUUGUUAUUGAACAAUUUGUAAAUAAUUCGAAAAAAAAGCGAAUACGUUAGAAUAAAGAAAUUAUUGUGUGGGUCAAUUUCUGAGAGGAAUGUAUAAAUCGAAUCAGGAACCGGACAUACCCGCUGCACUGGGUUUAUUGUCUCACUUAGAUAACGAGGAGUUGAAGGAAUUAUUAAACAAUGAUGGAAAAUUCGAAGAUAUCGUGAAAGAUAUAAAGCAGUUUAAGAAUCUUGAGACUGAAAAGGAAAUGUUAAUGGCAAGCAAUAGAUCUUUGGCUGAAUUUAACUUGACCAAGCAACCUGAAUUGGAAGAAGGCAAACAGAUAUUGAAAGAACUGAGCGAGCAGGCCAAUCAGUUGUGUACUAGUGUCAGAAACAAAUUAGAUGAAAUGCGUGAUAAGUCUGGUACAAUGACUGUCGAUACUGCACUUGAUUUAUUGCAAGCAGCUGCUGCUGAAAUUGAGGAAGAAUCAGAAACAGUAGCAGAGAAAUUUUUAGCUGGUGAUAUCGAAGUGGACGAGUUUUUGGAUCAAUUUUUGUCGCGUAGGAAAUUUAUGCACUUACGUAAAGUGAAAGUGGACAAACUAAGAGAGCUUAUACGAAAAGGUCAUUCUUCCAACAAUACUCCUGGCUAUCCGAUUGCUUCAAAUUUCCCUGGAAUAACGCCUUCUAUACCAUAUCCGAGUGGACCUGUAGCUAUGCCAAUGCCUUUGCCGGGAUUACCAGUUUAUAGGCCAUAUUAAAUAAUUUGAAAAGUUACAUAAACUGGCACAUCUACCUUUUCUUGCGAAUACUUAAAGGCUAACAUUAAAGUCACCAACAAUAGGAUAUAUUGUACGAUUUGAGAAGAAUUUUCGCCGCGACGUAAUUCUUCCGUCGCUUUAUGUUGCUCAUAUAUGUUUCUUCUUAUACGAUAUCUAUGCAGUUGUUCCCCAUAAUGGGCAUGCAUCC